GCUUCAGCUUGAGAUUGAGCCCAUCAGUCGAGUCGAUCGAACAGCACAGCAAGUGAGCAGUGACAAUGGCGUCUCUGGCCGUCGUGGUGGUGGUGGUGGCGGUGGUGUGCGCCGCCGGUGUGGCGGCGGCGGGCAAGUUCGACGACGUGGUGGAGCCGAGCUGGGCCAACGACCACGUCGUGUACGAGGGCGACCUCCUCAAGCUCCGCCUCGACAGCUCGUCCGGCGGCGGGUUCGCGUCGAAGAGCAAGUUCCUGUACGGCAAGGCGACCGCCGACCUGAAGCUCGUGGCGGGGGAUUCCGCCGGAGUUGUCACUGCUUUCUAUGUGACUGUCGUCCGGCGGGGACAAGCACAACGAGUUCGACUUCGAGUUCCUGGGCAACGUCACCGGCGAGCCGUACCUGGUGCAGACCAACCUGUACAUCGACGGCGUCGGCAACCGGGAGCAGCGCAUCGACCUGUGGUUCGACCCCACCGCCGACUUCCACACCUACGCCGUGCUCUGGAACCCCAGCCAGGUCGUCUUCCUCGUCGACGACACCCCCAUCCGCGUCUACGAGAACAAGAACGCCACCGCCGCCGUCAAGGGCCACCACCGCCACGCCGCCGCCGCCAAUGGCACCAGCAACGCCACAUCGGCGGCGGCGUCCGUGCCGCCGUUCCCGUCGCCGCAGCCGAUGUCGGUGUACAGCUCCAUCUGGAACGCGGACGACUGGGCGACGCAGGGCGGGCGGGUGAAGACGGACUGGUCGCACGCGCCGUUCGUGGCCACGUUCCGCGACGUCCGCGUCGAGGGUUGCGCGUGGGCGGCGAACGCCACGGACUCGGACGCCGGCGAGGUGGCGCGGUGCACGGGGAGCUCGUGGGGCAAGGAGGGGAGGUACUGGUGGAAGGAGAAGGACAUGGAGGAGCUCACCGUGCACCAGAACCACCAGCUCGUGUGGGCGCGCGCGCACCACCUCGUCUACGACUACUGCGUCGACACCGACCGCUUCCCCGUCCAGCCGCCGGAGUGCGCCGGACGGUGACCGUCGAUCUCGUCGCCGGUUAGGAUGGAUCGAUGGAUGGAACUGCUGGUUUCUUUCUUGGUUAGCAAAUCAAAUGGCAGGUAGUUUAUCUCAGAUGAACUUAGGUGAUGGUAGUUCAUCGUAAUUCUGUGUCUCUGUGGGGGUGUAUCUGUAAAAAAUUGUUACUCGGCUUCCACUGCUGUUCUGCUGCUGCUGCAUUUCUUCAGUCUUCCGAUCUGGACGAUGCUCACUUUUAACUUCAAAUCGAAAUGCAAAUGCCCAAUGCCAUCAUUCAUUCA